AUGAGCGCGCUGAACCAGAAAUACAAGAAGCCCCGGCUCCAGCAAGCUGAGACCGCAGGGGCCGUGGCCCCUGCGGCUCCCGCAACGCCCGAAGCACCCGAGACGCCUGCAACGCCUGCGAAAUACGCGGCCACAGCCGAGAGCAGCGUGCUCGACGCGGCGCUCAGCGACGCCGACUCUGCGCUCGGCGAGUCCUACGCCGCGUGCGGCCGGCUCGCGGCCACGAUGGGCUUGCACCAGCUCGCCGUGGUCAACUUGGCCAAAAGCAUGCAGAAACUGCCCCGUGACGUGGGCGUGCUCGUCGACUUUGCCAAGGCGCUCGGCGCCAAGGCCAACCAGGAAAGCAUCGUCGUUUCCACGCUCGCAGACGCCGUGCAGCGCUCGCCGGAGCUGUCGGACCCACGCGUGUGGUUGCAGCUGGCCUCCUCGUACUACCACCUGCUGAAGCCCGACGAGGCCUUCCACAGCGUGUCCCGCGCGAUCGCCGCACAGGAGAUCCAGGGCAUCAAGGACGCCGGCACCUGGGCGCUUCAGGCGCGCAUCCUGCUUCUCUGGAUGGACUCGGACGCCAAGAUGACGCUCGAAACCCUGACGCCGUACUUCAUUGGCGCAAUCGAGAUGGCUAUCGCCGCGGGCGACACCCAGCUCGAGCUCCAGAGCAGGGUAUCGCUCGCUCAGCUUUAUCACCGCUUCGCGUGCUACCCAGAGUCCCAGGCAGAGGUCUCUCGUGCCUUCGUCCUCGUCCGCUCCGACCCCUCUUCAGGCAUGCCCAGGCCCUCCACUGUCAACACCCUUUGCUACCUAUACAACUUUCUGGGCAUCAUCCAGUUCAAGAUGAACUACAAGGCUAGUGCCUACUCCGUGAUCCAGGAAGCCAUGAGCGCGCUGCCGCAGGUCUCGGCCACCGCCCGUCUACUUGCUACCCUGGCACAGUUCUACAUGAUUGACGAAAACCUGCCGCAGCUCCGCGCCAUCCUGCCCGCGCUGCUGGUCGAGAAGACCGCGCUCACCGAGAAGGAGCUCAUCCGCCUGUACCUCAUGAACUGGCUGUUGGGCCGCGUUUAUGACAUGCUCGACGACACUAAGCAAAGCUACCAUUUCUACCAGCAGGCCGUCAAUUGCAAGCCCCAAUCCGCGUCGUUGUGGGUUGGCAUCGGCUCUCUAUAUCUGCGCAUGCGCCAGUUCGAAGACGCGCACAUCGCGUUCUCGCACGCGUUGAACUACGCGUCCAAGCUCGAAAACUUUGAGCAGCCGUUUUUCCUACGGUUCAAUCGCCUCUUCGCGGCGUUCGCCUGGGUUGGCUUGUCCCAGGUGUUCGUGGCAACCUUCCAGAAACAGAGCGCCUUGGACGCUUUACGGCAAGCGUCGGUCCUUUUUACUGCGGAGGGUGACCUCGUCCACUCGAGCCAGGUCGACCAACUCUACAACGAUGUGUUGGCAACCCCGCCUCAGAAUCCCAUGUACGUCAUCAUGAAUGUUCCUCCGCAGAUCCUUCUUGAGCUCUUCCUAUACUAUGACACCGGCGUGUUUGCGAACCAGACAGAAGGAAACUUCCCAAAAAUCUCCUCCUGCGAACCCGUCGCUCAUAUUAUGCCUCUUUACGAUCAUCAAGCUUCUCCAGUCGCAACUUUGCCGCAUGGGCCGGCAGUAACUCCUUCCGUCCCCCCUCCGCCACCUCAACAGGUGUACAACGACCUAGCCACCAGGCCAGCUUUAAGCCAGCAGCACCCAAGCACAGUAUUCCUUGCAUACCCACAGCCCGCCGUGACCGUUCCGGCCACAUCAGCUCUUAAUAUUAAACCGAUCGCUAAGAACAUGCCCGGAGUUAACUAUGGCUUCCCAGCUCAACCGUAUCAAAAUCCCCCGGUGCCGUAG